CAAUUCAAAAUGAAGAGUUUCAUCAUCAUCAGUGCUUGUCUGUUGCAUGCCGCACUUGCUGCACCACAGUUGAUAAGUUUUAAGGAUGGCAAAGUGGGUGUCAACUUCUUCGGCUAUCAUGCUGAGGCUGGACUUGGUGGCCAAAAUUCGGCUAAUGGCUUAUUAGGUGGUCUGCACGCCUCUGCAGGCACACCAUGGGGUCAGAAUGCAGCUGCCGGUUUGGGUGGUAAUGUUAAUGGUGAGUAG